CUCAAUGGGGGCCUUGCGUGACUCUGUUUCUCCGCCUUGGCAGGAGGCAAGCUGACAGAUAUUAGCAAUAUUCCGGUAUCUCUGAAACGUGGAACGAUUCCCACACCCAUCACUCUUCUAAAUGCAAUUGUCAUUCUCUUUAUGGGAACAGGCAGUCGAUAAUAACCACUUCCUCUAGAUUGCCUCCGACAUAACCGUCUGCAAGUAGCUACGGGGUUUCAGAACGCGGAAGGUUCUGCAUCAGGUUGGGUGGAACAAAUACUGUGUGGAUCUUUUGCUGGUGUGCAAGUGAUGAAAGCCAAGGUUGCUUUCCUUUCGUUUUGAUUCUUUUCAAAAAGAAGAAUCAGCAUCUGCAGCCCAACAACGGAGGGGUUGUGAAUCCAAAAUGCCUGACAUUUGAAAUAUUGCUGGCAUUUGGGGGGCAUCGUUUGCUCGGCAGGAUACAGGAGACCUGUGCACCGAGACCGGGUGGAACCCCUCUGUAGACACUUUCAAUAGCGUGAUGCAUAACUUACCAAUACUGGAGACAGACGAUGGCACUUUGGACAAUGUGGAGACAAGGGAGAAGCAGGCAGUUGGGGGAAAGGGAGAACCGCGGCCUAUGGAGACCUCCUAUGAGACGGAACGUCCACCAUCUCCAAAGAUUAGGAUUAAGAUUCCUCCCACUUUGAGUAAAGAGAACACUUUUAACAAGAGCCGCCUCUUUGGUGCUAUCGUGAGGGGGAACCCUAAGGAGCUGGAAGGACUGGGGGACUAUUUGCAAAAAACCGGCAAAUUUCUUACCAACUCUGAGUACACAGAUGGAGAAACGGGCAAGACCUGCUUGAUGAAGGCCUUGCUGAAUUUGAAAGACGGGGCAAACCCCACCAUCCCUUUGCUGUUGAAGAUAGACAAGGAGACCAAGAACCCAAGGCCUCUGAUCAAUGUAGCUUGUAAAGAUAUCUUCUAUAAAGGCCACACAGCACUCCACGUUGCCAUUGAGGCAAGGAAUCUAGAUCUCAUCAAGCUCCUGGUGGAGAACGGCGCUGACAUCCAUGCCAAGGCCUGUGGAAAGUUCUUCCACCAGCAGGAGAAAGGGGCAUGCUUCUACUUUGGUGAGCUUCCCCUCUCCUUAGCUGCUUGUACCAACCAACCAGAAGUGAUCAGGUAUCUCCUGGAUAACCCUUAUCAGAAGGCCAACCUGGCAGAGCAGGAUUCCCUCGGCAACACAGUCCUCCACGCCUUGGUGAUGGCGGCCGAUGAUGCAGAUGAGAAGAACAGGGAGCUGGUGUUCGAGAUGUACAACAAGAUCCUGAUGCACAGUGCCACGCUCAACCUAUGCCAGAAACUGGAGGAGUUAACCAACAGGGAAGGCUUGAACCCUUUGACCCUGGCUGUCAAGACUGGAAAGAUAGAGAUCUUCAAAAACAUUAUUCACCGUGAAAUCAAAGACCUGGAGUUCCGUCACCUUUCGCGAAAGUUCACUGAAUGGACCUAUGGGCCUGUCCACAUCUCUCUCUAUGACCUGACCUCCAUUGACAGCUAUGAGGAGAACUCUGUGUUGGACAUUCUUGCCUACAGUAGUGAUACUCCGAAGCGGUACAAGAUGGUGGUCCUGGAACCUAUAAACAAGCUUCUUCAAAGCAAAUGGGACUCCUUUGCUGCCAUGAGAUUUUACAUCAGUUUUUUCUCUUAUGUGGUGUUCAUGUCAGUGUUCUCAGCUGUUGCUUAUCAUCGGCCCCUGGAGGGGAAGCCUCCUUUUCCAGUGUCAAAUGCUGCUGGAGACGUAUUGUGGCUCAUUGGCCAGGUCGUUGUCUUAAUCGGAGGCGUGUAUCUCCUCGUUGCUCAGACUAUUUACCUGUGGAGAAGGCGCCUGUCACUGAAAAGUCUACUUCAGGAUGGCUACAUCGAGAUUUUCCUGCUGUUGCAGUCAGUGACCCUGCUGGUUUCGGCAGUGAUGUACCUUGCAGGCCUGGAAGAUUACGUGCCUUGGAUGGUUUCCUCCCUCCUGCUCGGCUGGAUAAACCUGCUGUAUUACAUGCGAGGCUUUCAGCAGACUGGGAUCUACAUUGUCAUGAUACACAAGGCUAUUCUGCGGGACCUCUUCCAUUUCCUCAUGGUCUAUUUGAUUUUCCUCUUUGGCUUUUCAACAGCCCUUGUCAUACUUACCGGGGAGGCUCCCCAGCCUGUCCAGAAUGGGUCUUCCCUCAUCAACGGUGACGGCAAAGACCAAGUCAAGUAUGCCGGGCUGCUGCAGACUUCGCUGGAGCUGUUCAAGUUCACUAUUGGGAUGGGGGAGUUGGAAUUUCAAGAGAACCUGAAGUUCAAUUAUUUUGUGAUGCUCCUCCUUCUCUUCUAUGUCAUUAUGACUUACAUCCUCCUUCUGAACAUGCUGAUUGCCCUGAUGAGCGAGACAGUCACCAAACUCUCUGGAUACAGUCAAGGCGUUUGGAAGCUGCAGAGAGCGAUUGCUAUUAUGGAGUUGGAGAAAAACUGGCUUUGGUAUUGGCAGAAGCCCAAGAGAUCUGGUUGCCAGCUGUCUAUCGGCUCUGAAGAAGAGAAAGAUAAGAGAUAUUUUUUCCGUGUGGAAGAGGUAGAUUGGGAUAACUGGAAGAAAGAACUGGGAACCCUCAAGGAGGAUCCUACAGACUCAGACCACAGUGAGAUGGCGUCUAAAGGGAAGCGUCUAUGGAGCUGGGUAUCACAGGGGAUGACGAACAUGGCGGCAUCAGAAGCAGAGGAGGAGCAAAUACCCUUGCGUGACAGAAGUCAGUGAGUGAGAGAAAGCCACAAGGAGGACGCGGUGAAUUCUUCGGGCCACAUUAACAGCCACCUCCAGCGACGUUCCUUAAGCUGUGAAGUGCAAGAGCUUAGCAGGAGCAGCCCAGCCACCAUUAAGGCAGUGACUCAGACCCACGUUCCAUGUCAUUUACAGAUUUGUGAUGACAGUCUUGCCUUAGAGGAAGAAUAAUUCAGUCUCCUGUCGAAGAGUCUCAGCCUAAGAACCGAGGAAGAGCCUGGCUGCAGGAUCAGGCCCAAAAGGGCCCACCUAGUCCAGCAUCCUCUUCCCCUAAUUUGCCAACCCUAAAGCAGGACAUGAGGGCAAGAGAUUCCCAGCAAGAUUUAUUCAGACGCAUCCUGCUUCUGACAGUUUAGGGAAAACUUAGCCAUUGAUAUCCUCCAGGGAUUUGCCUAAUCCUUAUUUAAAUCCGUCCGGGUUUGUGCCCAUCGCUACCUCUUGUGGGAGCGAAUUGGCUGUUUUUUAGUUGACACCCUGCAAAUGAAAAUCGACUCCACAUCUCUCCUGUCGUCGUCCCCUGGCUCUCUGGCCCCCAUUUUUUUUGUUUUCACUUCAAUGUGUAACAACCUAAUUCACACUUCCUGAAACAAUCACAGAUUGAAAGACAGCUGUCCUAUGAAAUUUGCACUUCUCUGAAUUUUCUGAUGUUGGUUGACGUAUAUAUUGGGCAAUACAGAAAGAAGCACCUUCGUGUCCUUGAUCCUAUUAAAGACUUCUUUAAAAAAAAUCCAAAGGACUGUCUGACAAAUAAAGAAAUGAAGGAUUUUUUUUUUUACAUUUAAAGCAUACACUUUACUUGGUACUGAACUGUCAAGCUGCAGGCAGAAAAAAAAACCUCCAGACUAGCACCUGAAGUUGUAUCUCCCCUCAUGUUCAAGCCACAACCAAGUUACAUGUAUUGUGCAGAAAACUAAACUCUACUGAGUGUAUUUCAGGGGUUCCUUAAGUCAAUGAAUUGAAACCCAGGGGAAAAGAAAGGCUACUAUACAUUUUCAAUAGCUAAGGGAGAAGCCUCAUGAAACUAGAAUUAGGUAUAAUAAUAAUUUAUUAUUUAUAUCCCGCCUAUCUGGCUGGGCCUCCCCAGCCACUCUGGGCGGCUUCCAACAGAAAAAUAAAAUACAAUAAUCUAUUAAACAUUAGGAAAGGAGAAGGUUAGCCGCUUUGAGACUCCUUCGGGUAGUGAUAAAGCGGGAUAUCAAAUCCAAAUCCAUUAAAAGCCUCCCUUUUAAAAAGCCCAUUUUGUAGUUUCACGCAGCAGGGUAAUUCUAAUCCAUCCUCUAGGGGAGCCCUAAAACUCCUCAUGAGGUAAUUAAAUGAAUUUAUUUAUUUCAUUCUGAAGCUAUUUAGAAAGACCAGCUGCCCUUGCAGAGGCCUCCACAUACUAAUUUUAUUUCAUAAAAAACUAUACAUUGCUUGAUUGUUAAAAAACAACAACCUCAAAGGGUCUCCCUUCUUUUUGUAAACCGUUUUUAGGUUUUUCUCUUACGAUCCAGUGUAUAUAACUAAGCAAGCUACCCCUCAUGGGGGGAAGCGAGGGAGAGAUAGCCUUUUGAAUCCUCAUGAAAAACAAUUCCCAAGGGAACGGGUGUUUAUGCACUUGUUUCCUUGCGGGGAGAGAAAAGGCAGCUCUCUAAAGGGAACCAUUUUGAGCCUGAGAUUCUGGCGAGGGCGAGGAAGGAAAAUGGCGGGAAAACUCCUCAGCUAAAGGCCUACUCCCAUAUCUAACCCUAUGGGCGAGGGGCAGGAUCCUGAGGGCUCGCUUUUGGAAGUCCCUGGACACAAUCCGCACUGCCUUUCCUAAGUGUCAUGAGUGGGGUUCCUCAGCAUUGCUCAGCCCACUCCCUGCUCUGAGGCAUACGCCACAGCUGUUAUACUUUUGGCUGCUGCUUCCGCCAUCUCUGGCCAAGAUGGCCGCCCAGGAGGGGUCUGGCCAGGCUCCCAUGGCUCUGCCUUUGACAGUGCCAGGGCUCUUAAGGCAGGGGCUUCACAUUCACCGGCUCAUAGUUCAGGGGUGGGGGUGGUGUGGUGCUUUCUGUCAGUUAUGGGUUUUUUCCUCUCGUGGGUACGCUCCUUGCAUUUCCAAAGAGGUAAAGGACUCCUCCCCUCACAAAGGACAUGUUGGAUUUUUCAACUUUCAACUUCCAAAGCUGCGAGCUGAUAAAAAGUUGGAGCACGACUUGGAGGAAUUCAGAAUAUAUUUCAGUUAAAUUAAUAUGAUUUAGUAAAGUGUGUGCAAAAUCAUUACAAAUGAUUGCCAACUACUUGCUGCUAUAUUAUAAAUUAUUGUUAUUCAUAUUAUUUAGCAUGACCUGAUGUUAACAGGAGGAAAAAUUAAAGUUCUUUGGCUUUCUGAAACCAGUUGAUGUGGUUCUUCAUGCAGUGUAGACUUACCAAGUUGAAUGUUGUCCAGUCGCAAAAAAUAAUCCCCCACACCCCAAAAUCUAUCUA